AUGCUAAAAUGCUACAAGAGUAAUUGGGAAGAUUAAUAAUUAACGAACUUUGAGGGCAAAUUAUAUUAUCUUAUGGCCAGAAAAUGUGACCCCUGGAAUUGGCCUUAACCUAAAGCGGGGUGGCGCAGUGGGAGCGUACUAGGCUCAUAACCUAGGGGUCGGUGGAUCGAAACCACUCUCCGCUAUCUUUUUUAUUGA